AUGGGUCCUCCUCCAGCGUUUGGAGCCACUCCUCCCACGCUCCCUGCUUGGCCUUCGCAAUGGCGAAAGAAUCGCGAACGGUUACUCCAAAAAAUUCCGGAGUGGCAGUUUAGAGCUCAUUACAGGCUGAAUAAGGAAGAGUUCCACUCGUUGUGUGACGAGCUCAGGCACAAUACCAGUUUAAAAGGUUCGAAAACAACUUCACUGGAACUUAAGGUGCUGACAGCAUUGAACUUUUAUGCCAUGGGUUCAUAUCAGAAAGGUGUUGCUAAUGAGGUACAUAUGAAUCAAAAAAGUGUAAGUCGGUGUAUCAGAGAGGUGACAAAAGCUCUGAAUGAGAUUUCAAAUAAAUGGAUACAAUUCCCACAAACAAGCACACAAAGAACUAAAAUUAAGCAAGGAUUUUAUACUAAGUUUAAUUUUCCUGGUGUAAUUGGUGCCAUUGAUUGCACCCAUGUGGCCAUAGUUCGUCCAGCUGCAGAUGUACUUUGUUUUUAUAACAGAAAAGGCUUUCAUUCUCUUAAUGUCCAAAUGGUAUGUGACAGUGAUCUCAGAAUCACUAAUGUUAAUGCCAAGUUUGGUGGUGCAAGUCACAACAGUCAUAUCUGGGCAAGUAGCAGACUGCAAAGCCAUAUGGAGGCUCUGCAACUAUCUGGCAAGUCAGUUUGGUUGUUGGGUGACAGUGGUUACCCUCAAAGGAGCUACCUUGUGACACCUAUUCUGAAUGCAGAACCAGGAUCUAGAGGAGAGAACUACACUAGAGUGCAUGUCAAGGCCCGAAACUGCAUAGAAAGGGCAUUUGGUUAAAUAUAGAUCUUGAUAUUUGUUAGCUCAGCGUAUCCUUUAUUAUCAGCAUAACAUGCUCAUAGAUUCAAGAGGAACUCCUACAGAUGAUGCAGAAGUACUUUUGUCCACUGCUCUUACACAACCAACUGUUGUUGAAAACGGGCUGGAUGUGAUUGUGGGGCGGGCUGUUAGGAAUAGACUAAUUAUUGGCAGUUUUUAGUUUGGUUGAAGAAGCCCACACAAUAAUGUCU